ACAGGAUAGAUUGGCAUAAAACACAUUGUGCUGAUGGACAUGGGAUGAUGGGAAAUCAAUCUGGAAGGUAAUUCUUUGGAGAAAAGAAAAGAAAAGAAAUGAAAAAGUGUGAGCUUUGCGAUUCUUUAGCAAAGAUGUACUGUGAAUCAGAUCAAGCCAUCUUGUGCUGGGAUUGUGAUUCCAGAGUUCAUGGUGCCAAUUUUCUUGUUGCUAAACAUCAAAGGACUCUUCUCUGUCACCUCUGUCAAUCUCCAACGCCCUGGAAUGGCUCCGGAACGAAGCUCGGCCCGACUGUUUCCGUUUGCAAUAACUGCGUCAAUCAAAAUGAUUCUGGAGACGAGAUUAACGACGAAGAAACACGCGACGACGAUGAGGAGGAAGAGGAUGGUAGUGAAGAAGACGGGGGUGGAGACAGCGGCGAUGAUGAAGAAAAUCAAGUUGUUCCAUUGUCAUCUACGGCGCCACCGGUUUCCAGCUCCUCGACGAGCGAAGAAUGUUCCGCCAGUUUCGCAACGAGACAGUAGUAGAUCCGGUCCUCUCUCGAGUAAGCUAAUGUUUUAUGUUUCUGUUUUGAUCAUCCAGGUUGCUCAUAUUGUCCACACAACAUCAUGAAUUCUGUCAAAGAUUUCAGCUUCUCUAGAUGCCUUUUAUUUCAUCCAAAUCACCAGAAAUAACAACACAACACUGUUUGAUGUCUGCAAAUG